GCGCAUCUCUGUAUCGGUGCUGUAUCUCACUGCAGCUUCUCGGUUCCCCGGCUCAUGUGGGCUCAGCUGGGCUUUAGUUAUCCUCCACUGCGGACUGGAAGUGCUGGUUUGUCUCCGAGAGCGGGCAUGCCGGUGUAAAGGGGCUGAAGGAAUCAUCUUUUAUUGCCGUCGUAUCGCUGUCUCUGUGCUGCAGCUCGGUACUUCAGUAAGCGGCCUGACUGAGAGAAAAUGUCGACCAGAACGCCAUUACCGACCGUUAACGAGCGCGACACGGAGAAUCAUGUAUCUGUAGACGGCUUCCCCGAGCCCCCAGCACCUCCAGCCAAGUCAGCCAGCAGACAGUCUCUCCCACGAUGUCGCAACUCUGUGGCCUCCAUCACGGACGAACAGCCUCACGUCGGCAACUACCGGUUGCUCAAAACCAUCGGCAAGGGCAACUUCGCCAAAGUCAAACUGGCACGCCACGUUUUAACGGGACGGGAGGUUGCAGUGAAAAUUAUAGACAAGACACAGUUAAACCCGACUAGUUUACAGAAGCUGUUUCGUGAAGUAAGGAUUAUGAAGAUUUUAAAUCAUCCUAAUAUAGUGAAGUUGUUUGAGGUCAUCGAAACGGAGAAGACACUUUAUUUGAUAAUGGAGUACGCCAGCGGAGGUGAAGUAUUUGACUACUUAGUUGCACAUGGAAGAAUGAAGGAAAAGGAAGCCCGGGCCAAAUUCCGACAGAUUGUGUCAGCGGUGCAAUAUUGUCACCAGAAAAAAAUAGUCCACAGGGACCUCAAGGCAGAGAAUUUGCUCCUGGAUGCUGAUAUGAACAUAAAGAUAGCAGACUUUGGAUUUAGUAACGAAUUCACCAUUGGGAACAAGCUGGACACGUUCUGUGGCAGCCCUCCCUACGCUGCUCCUGAGCUCUUCCAGGGCAAAAAGUACGACGGGCCUGAGGUGGACGUCUGGAGUCUGGGUGUCAUUCUGUACACGCUGGUCAGCGGCUCGCUCCCCUUUGAUGGACAGAAUUUAAAGGAGCUGAGAGAGCGAGUGCUGAGAGGGAAGUAUCGAAUCCCGUUCUACAUGUCUACAGACUGUGAAAAUCUACUAAAGAGGCUGCUGGUGCUUAAUCCAGGCAAACGAGGCAGUCUAGAGCAAAUCAUGAAAGAUCGCUGGAUGAACGUGGGUUAUGAGGAGGAGGAGCUCAAACCGUAUACAGAGCCUGAGGCCGACUUCAGCGACACCAAAAGAAUAGACCUGAUGAUCACAAUGGGGUUCCCAAAAGACGAGAUCACAGAUUCCCUGGUAGGUCAGAAAUACGAUGAGGUGAUGGCUACUUACCUGCUUCUAGGUAGAAAACCUCCUGAGUUUGAGGGCAGUGAAUCUUUGUCCAGCACAAACCUGUGUCAGAUGCCACGACCCAGCAGUGACCUGAACAACUGCUCCUCCCAGUCUCCGGCUCACUCCAAAGUGCAGCGGAGCAUCUCGGCCACACAGAAACAGCGCCGCUACAGUGACCACGUUGCCCCCGCAAUCCCGCCGGCCGUGUCCUACACCAAGCGCACGCAGGCCAACAGUGUGGAGGGAGAGAAGAAGGAGGAGUGGGAGGCAGCACGGAAGCUCCCGACCUCCAGCUCGAAAGGAGACAUGGCCGUCUCACCGCUGACCACACAGGAGCGCAGGAAGUCCUCCACAGCCUCAGGGAACAGCUCAAGUGGAGGAAUGACUCGGAGGAACACGUACGUGUGUGAGCGUGCCAGCACAGAUCGGUAUUCAGCCAUAACCAACGGCAAGGACAGCAGUUUAACAGAGAUGUCUGCAUCUGGAAGUGGAUCUUCUGUGUCCCCAGGAGCUUCCUCAGCGCUGCCUUCAGCUCGGCCACGUCACGUAAAGUCCAUGUCUGCCUCAGGACAUCCCUCUAAGUCCCCGCUUCCCCCCAUUGAGGAUAACGCAGAGUACAAGGGCCCCAGCUCUAGUUCCAGGGCUCCCGCAGCGUCUCCAUCCUCCCACAGCAUCAGCAGCGUGACCCCAGAUCGGACGCGCUUCCCUCGCGGCACCUCCACCCGCAGCACUUUUCACGGAGCCCAGCUGAGAGAGCGACGCAGCGCUACAUACAACGGUCCACCCGCCUCACCCACGCUCUCCCACGAUACGGGGGCUCUGGUACACACUCGCAGGGGAACGUCUACAGGCAUCAUCAGUAAGAUCACCUCCAAGUUUGUGCGCAGGCUGCCCAGUGAAGGAGAGGCCAGGUGCAGGACAUACAGCUUGAGGAGCGGAUCCGGGGAACCUAAGGAGGACGGGCGUGAUUCAAAGCCACGGUCACUGCGCUUUACGUGGAGCAUGAAGACCACGUCAUCCAUGGAGCCCGGCGACAUGAUGCGCGAGAUCCGCAAGGUGCUGGACGCCAACAACUGUGACUACGAGCAGCGCGAGCGCUUUCUACUCUUCUGCGUCCACGGCGACGCCCGGCAGGACAGUCUCGUCCAGUGGGAGAUGGAAGUGUGCAAGCUUCCCCGCCUCUCCCUCAAUGGCGUCCGCUUCAAGCGCAUCUCUGGCACCUCCAUCGCCUUCAAGAACAUCGCGUCCAAAAUCGCGAACGAGCUGAAGCUGUGAUGGAUGUGAAACGGGGAGCGAGUAGGUCCAGGCGAAAGCUUGCCACGUUGAUGUCUACAUUCCCAGUUAGGUUUGGGCACCAUUUUGAGUUACCUGCUUUCUGAAGCUACUGCUGUAUGGUUUGGCCAGUGGAGUUAAAAAAAAUUAGAUUGAAAAAAAUCCUGACCCUAGUCCCUCAGCGCCCACAAAACCCACCACCCUACCUGCUCCUAGUCCCACUUAUACACCAGGUUAGCAUAGCCAUGUUUGCAAUAAUAAUAAAAAACCCUGUCAGGGCAGCAGAUUGGUGUUCCUGUGGCAGGACUACAUUUGUAGGCAAAAGCAGAGACUUUCAGUGCAAAUUUUUUCACAUGUACAGUUAAAAAUACAGAAUGUUUUGUUGAAAUGUUCAUAGACUUGUACGAUGCGUGGCUCUUUCGGUCCGCGUAUCUGAAGGUGUUGUAUAGUAUUGAGUUCUGCACAGAAGAUUUAUGUUGAUUAUGUCUUACUGUAAUGUUUUUGUUUAGCUUUGGCCUCUCUCGUACAGUUUUAGGUUUUUUGCCUCUGCCAUGUGACAUUUUAAAUGUUCUUUUAUACAUUUUUUACUUUUCGACAGGACGUAGAGAGUUGCUACUGUGGCGAGUUACUGAUUAACAGUGUUUUGUAAAGCGAGAUGUGCACAUCCCAAAGGUGAA